UUACAUGGGAACAGUUGGAUCAAUAAGGAAACUUUGGUCCCUCUCUCCCUACAUACCCUCUCUCUCUUCUCUCUUCAGUUUUUGUUGCUCUCUUUUGGGUGCUUCCCUUUCUUCUCUUUUUUCCUUUCUUUUAUUUAUUCUCCAAUCUCUUUUUUUUCAUCAUAACAAGGCUUUAUUCUUUUUAUCUUCAUUAGUAGUGGUCAAAAGGAUUUCUGGGAUUUUGCCAAUUUGGUGUAACAAAAUAUCACUCCCACCCUCCCCUUUUCUUUUACACAAACACAGAAGAAAAAAAGAAAAAAAAAAAACUUCAUCACUUCUUGGCUUAUUUGAGCUACUACUCUGCUUCUUGGAUUAUUUCCUGAGGUUGUUUUUUUCUAGCUGGCUUUAGAUCUUCUUCAAGCUACUUUACUUUACAAGUUUCAAGUUUUAAUAUUUGCUGGGAAAGAAAAGAAAAAAAGAGGGCUGAUUUCUAUUUUCAACUUGUGAUAAGAAGGAAGAUGGUAAGAGGAAAGACUCAGAUGAGGCGCAUAGAGAAUGCAACAAGCAGGCAAGUAACAUUCUCAAAGAGGCGUAACGGUUUGCUUAAGAAGGCCUUUGAGCUUUCUGUUCUUUGUGAUGCUGAAGUUGCUCUCAUCAUCUUCUCUCCAAGAGGCAAGCUUUAUGAAUUUUCUAGCUCCAGCAUGCAAGAGACAAUUGAACGCUAUCGCAGACAUACACGGAAUGCUCAAACAACACCUAGAUCAGAUGAACAAAAUACGCAGCAUUUGAAGCAAGAAACGGCAAGUUUGAUGAAGAAGAUUGAGAUUCUUGAAGCUUCAAAACGAAAAUUGGUGGGAGAAGGUUUGGGAUCAUGUACCUUAGAAGAGUUACAACAAAUAGAACAACAAUUGGAAAAGAGUGUAACCAGUGUUAGAGCUAGAAAGACUCAGGUUUACAAGGAACAAAUUGAGCAACUAAAGGAAAAGGAAAAAGCUCUAAUUGCUGAAAAUAUCAAGCUUUCAGAACAGUAUGGCAUCCAAGCACCACAGGCAAUUCUAAAGGAUCAAAAAGAAAAUGAACAACCCUACCCAGAAAGUAGUAGUCCAAGUUCAGAUGUGGAGACUGAAUUAUUCAUUGGACUACAUAGGUCUAGUUGAGAUAAAAAAAAAUUAACCUUCCAUCCAUCAUCAAUAUGGCCUAUGCAAAUGUAUAAACAAGAGGAAGUCCUAUUAUCUUGUUUUAUGCACGAGUAAUCUCAUAUCAGAUAUGUUAUCAGUAUUCCUAUAGAGAUCAAUAAUAAUACUGGCAUUCAAAUAGGUUAAUUCAGUCAGAAACUUAAAAAUAUGUUUAGGUACUCAGCAGUACUAACAGUAGUUUUAUGCUUAGAGUUUAAUAAAGGCUUUAUUUUCCUGA